CACCUCGGGGCCGCCCGGUUGAGCUUCGUCUCAUCGGCCGCUCAUCGCUACGUGUCCUCCGGUUACGUUAAAUCCCACUCCGUCCCUCCCGCAACGCGACAGGAAAACAGGCAGCUACAAGUCAGCGGCGAAACCAGCUGCUGUCUCGGUUAGCGGCUCGGCUCAGACAUGGGCGAUAUCGUACUGCCGCGGCGCAUGUUCCUCUGGUGCAUGGCGGUCAUCUACCUGGCCGCUUUUGUUUCCCUCUAUGUGCAGAUACCAGGUCUCUAUGGUAACGAGGGGCUGUUGCCCGCUCGUUGGCAGCUGCGGUACAGCGGUAAGCCCCUGGGGGAGCAGCUGCUGUCCUCUCCCACCCUGCUGUGGCUCGGACCUUGGUUUGGCCUGGACACGCACACUGCCAUGGAGCUGCUGUGUCUCAUAGGGGCUGCACUGAGCCUCGCCGCCACGCUGGUGGAGGCUCUCCGAGACAGCCUGGUGUUCUUCUGCCUCUGGGCCUUGUACCUGUCCCUGUAUCAGGUGGGCCAGGUUUUCCUCUACUUCCAGUGGGACAACCUGCUUCUAGAAACCGGGUUCCUCUGUAUCCUUGUUGCUCCGCUGACAAUAAUCAGAGGAUCACGGGGGGUCAGAGAGCACGAUCGCGUGACCUUCUGGCUGAUCCGCUGGCUCCUCUUCAGGCUAAUGUUUGCCUCUGGUGUGGUGAAGCUCACGUCCCGCUGUCCCACAUGGUGGGGCCUUACAGCUUUGACAUAUCACUAUGAGACUCAGUGUAUUCCCACCCCGGUGGCCUGGUUUGCCCACCAGUUGCCAGUGUGGUGGCAGAAGCUAAGUGUGGUGGGAACCUUGGUCAUAGAGAUCGCUGUGCCACUACUGUUCUUCAGUCCACUACGUAGGCUGCGACUUGGGGCUUUUUACUUGCAGGUGCUGCUGCAGGUGCUCAUCAUUUUGUCUGGAAACUACAACUUCUUCAACUUGCUGACGUUGGCCCUCUGUCUGUCUCUGCUGGACGAUCGGCACGUACACUUCUGGCUACGAAAGGUUGACAAGACCAACAACAAUGACUCCAGGUUGUGGUCAUGGCUGUGUUAUCUGCUGGAGCUGGCAGUCUGGUCUCUCGUGAUCUUUGGAACAAUUAUAUGCUUUGACCUUCAGCUGGAUAAAACGAAGAACGGCAUCUCCUCCAGGACAGCAUUCACAUACCACAACUUUAACCAGUUUCUGAAGACCGUUACUAUCCCCUGUAUCUGGAUUGGGGUCCUCUCUCUCAGCUGGGAGAUUGUCACAGCCAUGUUCAGGUGUGCAUGUGUCUGCGGUUUUAUGAAGAGGUUGGGUGGAACCGUUCAGUGGACUGUUUUUGCUGCUGCCACUGCUGCGAUGUUCACUGUCAGUCUGGUGCCAUUCACCUACAUAGAGUAUGAAUCUAACGGCAGGCUGUGGCCUGGAGUGCGUCGGACCUAUGAGCUUGUGAAUCGCUACCAGCUGGUCAACUCGUACGGCCUCUUCAGAAGGAUGACAGGCGUCGGGGGACGGCCAGAAGUUGUCAUCGAGGGAAGCAACGAUGGAGUCACCUGGACGGAGAUUGAGUUUAUGUAUAAGCCAGGGAACCUAAGUGCAUCUCCGCCUGUGGUGACACCUCACCAGCCCAGGUUGGACUGGCAAAUGUGGUUUGCUGCCCUCGGGGCUCAUACGCAGGCUCCAUGGCUCACCAGCCUGAUUUACAGACUGCUGCAGGGAAAGAGAGAUGUGAUAGAGUUGAUCCAGACAGAUAUAUCUCAGUAUCCAUUCCACCAGAAGCCUCCUGCCUACCUCCGAGCUCACCGCUACAGAUACUGGUUUACUGAACCAAAGGCCGACGGUUCUUACCCACAAAACUGGUGGAGGAGGGUCUAUGAUGAGGAAUUCUAUCCCACAGUGCACCUGGGCAACACCGUCCUGGAGAGCAUGCUCAACCAGUACGGACUCAAGAAUAAUUCGCCUCCACGUCGCAUGUCCAACACCAGUGUUGCCCGGGCAGUGAGGUGGGUGCGCUCUCAGGUCAAAGGUGUUCCUGCCCACACACUAAUCUGGACCCUCAUUGCCUGCAGCGCCACCUUCUGUCUCCUCCAGGGAUUGCGAAAGAGGAACAAAGGGACCCCACUUACUCAUAAUGCCGCUGUGACUGUGAAUGAUCACACAGAAAAUGAAUCUGACGGCUCUACAGACAAUCUUGAGAAAUCAGAUGAACAGCAGGCAGUGAAGGGGGAGGAGGAGGCGGAGGAGGAGGAAGGAGAAGACAGUGAAGAUGAAGUGGAGGAGGGUGAAGGAGAGAAGGACACUGUUAGCGAUGACGAAGAGGGCAAGGAACAACAUGAGAAGGAGGAUGAGGAGGAAGAGAGAAAAGAAAAAGAUGACAUCCUCCAAAAGAGAAAGUUUAGAUAAGGAUGCAGGUAAUCCCGUAAUGACUGUUGCCUUUAUAAAAUAUUACCGAAAUGACCAAAGAAAUCGUUCUUUGUAUAUUUCUGCUUCACAAUUAUUCAGUUAAGAAACAAAAUGUUUAUUUGCCUUCUUUCACCUACACCUACUGCAGCACAUUGUUCAUAUAUCAGUUGUCUACAUCAGGAACCAAUCGCCUAAUCACUUUGGAUCAUUGGUUUUAAUUCAGCAGAUCUUGCCAGGUGUGUAUACAUUUUAAAACCUCCCUCGCUGGAAUCUGACUUCAGUUCAACUCCCAAUGUGAAAUCUAGUCAGCAGAUCAAAUGUUGAAUGAAAGUAGAGAGAGGUAUAGAAUUUAAAAUGUAAGGCGGGUUCUGUUUUGUUCAUGUUACUAUGCCACUCUUUGUCUUCUUUUUUCUGUUAUGUGUGGUUCCACUUGUAUAUUGAUACAGGUGUGUGUGUGUGUGCGUGUGUUUUUGCUCUGUUUCUCACUGUGGUCCCUUGCCCCUAUUGCUGUAUGUAGAGAAAUAAAACAACUUUGCACUUUUUCUUUUUUCCAA